AUGUUUACUGAAGCUGUUCAAGAGCUUGAUAAACAAUAUGCCAAGCUGGAUAAGCUUUUGAAAAAGCUCCAGGAUGCCCAUGAGGAAUCCAAAGCCGUGACCAAGGCUCCUUCCAUGAAGGCUAUAAAGCAGAGAAUGGAGAAAGAUGUUGAUGAAGUUAAGAAAACUGCACAUUACUUAAAGACCAAAAUUGAAGAACUGGACAAAGAAAAUUUGGCAAACGGGUGUGGAAAAGGAUCAGGUGCUGACCGGUCAAGAACAGCAACAACCAUUUCUUUAAAAAAGAAACUGAAAGAUACUGAAUUUCAGAUCCUGAGAGAGGCCAUCCAUCAAGAGUAUCGUGAGGUGGUUGAGAGACGUGUUUUUACAGCAUGCCUACUCGACAAUUGAAUAAUGACUAAAUCAACAAGAUUGCAACGACAGACUUUAAACGCAUCCACAACUUUAUUUAUGCAUAGAACAAAUUUAUUAUCAUAUUGAGAAGAUUGUUGUGUAAUGAAAAGAAUACAACUCCUAAGAAGGGCCAGUAAAUGGAGCUUAUGUGAGCACUAAGCAGGUAACUCAAAAUGUUCAAUGAUACCAAACUGAGUACUCCAGGCCAAUAAAUGCAUUAUCCCAAAGAACAGAGCUUUCAUGAGCACCAUGUAACUAAUGCUAUUUCCUGUUGCUAUCUAAGUGCAAGAAUGUCAGGUUUAUCAUAA